AUGGCUCUCCGCCGUCUCAGUUCUCUGAACCCCAACGCCGACCCUUUCCCUUCCACCACGCCAUCUCGUCCCCCGCCGCCGCCUCACCUCCGCCACGCCCUUCUAUCUCUCCCACCCCUUCAUGGAUAUCAAUCCUACAUCCACCCAUACCAACCCCCCCAUCAUCCCAUCUUCGCUUUCUACCACCUCGUUCCGCCACUUCCUUUUCCCGGCGGUGGCGGCGGGGUUUCUCUCUCUCACUUGGAAAAUCCCGUCGGCAACGGCGACGUCAAAUCUCACCACAAAAAAUCCAAGAUUAAGAAAUGGGUUCCAUCUGCCCCCGAUCUCAUGCCCUUGGAAACCACCACCGUCAUGAUCAAGAACAUCCCCAAUCAAUUGAGGCGACAUAAUCUCUUGCAAAUUUUGGACGAACAUUGCAAGUGCAAGAAUUCAUAUUCUAAUCAAAACAGCUUCCGGUCGGAGUACGACUUCGUUUACUUGCCAAUGGAUUUCGGGAAAUUUUGGUUCGAUGGAAAGGUUUCAAAUUUGGGGUAUGCAUUUGUGAAUUUCACGAGUUCUAAAGGAGCUUCGGAGUUUUGUAAAGCGUAUCACCGCCGUCAAUGGGAGGUUUCGGUGAACAGAAAAGUGUGUGAAAUUAAACGUGCUAAAAUUCAGGGUUUGGAGGCUCUCAUGGAGGCUUUUAGGAACAAGGUGUUUUGGUGCCAUGCUAAUAACUAUCUUCCGGUUCUGUUGGAGCCGCCGAGUGAUGGUUGCCGGAGGUAUCGAGUCACGGCGGUCGGUAAGCGGAUUGGGCGGCCGCCGCCUAGCCCGAUUAAGAAAGGUGGCUAA